GUCUAUUAAAAUCCGCCAUCUUAGUUUUGUGAAAUAAUUUCUCGCGUGCAGUCAAGAUUUUUAUCACUUACUUUUAUUUUAUUAUAUUAUUGAGACAUACGUGAUUUUAAGACAUUUGUAAUAUGUGCAUUUGGUUCUGUACGUGAGGACAAGUCACCAGAUUGUGUAAUACACAGUGCCAAUACUUCGUUAUCGGCUAUAUCCGAUGUGCGUUCGAAGAUAAUUCUGGGAAUGGUAUUUACUGCAUCGGGAGUAGGUGAACACCAUGGCGAAGGAAAUAGCCGAGGAAUACGCGUCGAGCUUGUCGGACCUGACCGUGAACAGCAAGCCUCUGAUAAAUAUGUUAACGAUUCUCGCGGAAGAGAACAUCGAGCACGCUGGAGUUAUCGUUGAAACAGUGGAGAAGCAUUUGGAGAAGGUUCCUCCAGACAUCAAGCUGCCCGUACUGUAUUUAGUUGAUUCAAUUAUCAAGAAUGUUGGAGGGGCCUACACACAGAAGUUCUCCCAAAGCAUCGUUAACAUGUUCACAAAAACGUUCAAACAGGUGGAUGAGAAAAUUCGUUCACAAAUGUUCAAGCUGCGUGAGACAUGGCAUGAUGUGUUUCCGUCAACGAAGUUGUACCAACUGGAUGUGAAAGUGAACCUCAUAGACCCGGCGUGGCCGAUCCAGGUGCAGCCACAGCAGUCUAACAUCCAUGUAAAUCCAAAUUUUCUGAAAAAGCCAACUCAAACGCCGACCACCAGUGUGGCCGUGGGUCUAACAGAGGAAGAGGAGAGAAUGAGGAACAUCCUCGCCAAGAAAGAGCAAGAGCUUCUGAUGCUGCAGCGCAAGAAGGUGGAGAUGGAGCUCGAGCAGACGAGGCGGCAACUGCAGCUCGCUGAGAAGACUACUAAAAAGACAGCGGUUGCGCCCCCGGUGGUGGUGUCAGCGCCCGUGGCGACGGUGGCGGCGCUGCCCAGCAUGCCGGUGGCCAUGGUGAGCCCCGUGCUGGCCCCCGCGCUGCCCGAGCCGCCGCCCACGCUCUCCGUCAAACAGCGGCUUGGACCGCCGGUCAACAAGUCGUCAAGCUCGAGUCGCAUCGCUCCCGUUAGCGGCAUGUUAGCCACCGCGCGUCGCGACCCCCGCCUCGCGCGCCGACCCCCGACACAGCGCCCCGCGCCGACCCCUCAACCCGCACCGACCCCCAUCGUCCCCCCCAUCGCGCCCAACGUGUUCGACAUCAAGCCUCUCGAACGAGUCACCAAAAGAAAGAACGUCAUAACAAUCGACGUCCGCCCGGAAACAGCGCGCGACCCACGCGUCGACCGCGCUCGCAACAGAAAGCGAGAAGAGCGCAGACACGAAAGAGACAAAGAAAAGCUAGAGAAAGACAAACAAGACGACGAAAAAACCCCCGUCGACGUCUACAUAGACCGCCUCCCCGACCCGAAGAGGAUCAACAAACUACCCCCCAUUCCCAAAAUACAACGCGACAAAGAGGACCCCCCUGUCAAAAGAAAGAAAGAUCUCUCCCGCGAUAAAAAGAAAAGAAAAGAUGCCAAGGACAGCUCGAGCUCGUCUCCGGAGAAACGACAGAAGUCAAAGGAUAAAAAGGUCAAAACGAAAGAGCGCAUGGAGGUCGACGAGAAACCGACGGAGCCCGAGGUCGUAGCGUUCAAGGAGCUCAAGAACUACCACAAAGAGCGCUACAUGCGGCGCAACAAGGAGAAAUCGGAGAGCCCGGAGAAAAUGGAGAAAGAAGACCCCAAGCCCUCCGAAGAGUCGACAAAUCCACCAGAGAUAGUCGCGGAGACAAAAGAUGUCGAUCUUCGGGUUUUGCCCGUUAUUACAGAGACAGCCGCUCCGGUCGCACACAAGAGACCUUCGACGGAGUCGCUCGAAGGGAAAGUCAAGAAAAACAAGCUCGACAAAUUCGAUAUUCUUUUUGGCAACGAAGACGUCGAUCUUCGCAAACUGCCUCAAGUAGAAGAAGUCAAUCCUCCCCCGCCGCCGUCCAUCACUGAAAACAAUGUCAAAGCUAUAGCAAAAAUUGAUAAAAAUGAAGAUGAUACCAAUGAGGAUGUAAUAGCCUCUCCAGCUAGAUCUCCGAGGAAAGACUGGAAUGAAGUUAAAGAAAAAGAAGAAAUAACAAAGAAAACGCCCUCGAAGUUAGAUCUAGUGCGAGCAAAAUUAGCAGAGGCGACCAAAGUAAAAGACGGACUCGGGCGGCCACUAUUGUUCAGCAAAUCUCCAAGUGUGGAAAAAGAACGACGUCGUACGCUCAGUGUAGAAGAACAGGACGCAAGAACAGAAAACGCUGAAGAUUUUGAUGCAGACGAUCACAAGAAAACCAUAUCUAUAAUCAUGAAUCAGGCAAAGGAACAGUUUACCGAUGGGCAGCUGGAUAAAAACCAGUACAACACUUUGAUGUAUCAAGUCUUGCAACUCAACGAGAAGCUGAAGUUGAAAGAGGCGAAACAGAGGGAAUCACUAGAAAUAUCCAAAAGAAAACUCAAAGCGCAUUUGCACGAAGACAAUAAGGUAUCGUCACCGAAGUCUUCGCCGUCAGAGAGAAAUAAUUUUGGUGAUAUCGAUGAGAGAAUCACUCCAGCGCCGUUUGUGGAGCCUGUGCUCGAACAUAAUCAAAAUCACUUCCAAGACUCAGACAUGAGAAUGAAUCCCUUCAGGGAAAAUAUGGAGAUGGCACCACAAGUUCCUUUCCCGGGACCGCCGAUGAUGCCCCCGAUGUUUAUGGGACCGUUUCCGAUAUGGAGGGGACAGCGUCCGAGGAUGGAAGAAUUCGGCCCACGACGAUUCAGAGGCCCUAUGCCACCAUACUAUAGAGGAAAAUUUGAUAAAAGAAUUCCGAGACCACAAUUCGAACCUAGAAUGCCGCUUCUUCCAGCUCCCACACUCGGUAUGUGCCAAGGAGAAUGCCCUCUGAAACGUUACGAGCGAUCAGAGUCGCCGCCUCCUCUCGGCACUCCCGGCUAUAACGUACCACCUGUCGAUUACAAUAUCCUCGAAUACAUCGACCAGGAUCCUGUUAAAACGAUCCAAAUCGACGGUAUACCUAGAGAAAUAAGAUUCUACGGAGAGACUGCUAUUAUAAUGCUGGACUGGGAUGAUCCUAGAGAAAUUAAAUUCUGGCCGGGCUGCCGGCGAGUCACUUUUGACAACAAGGAUUCUGUCGUUUUAUCGUUCAACGAAGGUUACAAGCAGGUGGAGAUAGACGAUCAAGUUUUUGAUAUCAGAUUCGGAGCUCCCACGAGAGAGUUGUACAUAAAUGGCCGAUGGUACGAAUGUUUCUUUGGCGGUCAGCCGUUAGGGGUGUUGAUUGACAAUCAGCCUCAUUUAGUUCAUUUAGAGGGGCCCUUACCACAAGUAGAUAUCGGCAAAACGAGACGAACGGAUCUAGUAGCCGGUAAGAUAAACCUUAUAGUUAACGCAACGAAUAUUUGCCCCGUGUAUUUGGACGCAAAAGUGCAGAAAUUCCAUGUCAAUGGAAAAUUUUACACAAUUCGUUUCGUGGAUGCCUUAAAAACUGUGUUAAUAAAUGAACAGCCGUUCAAAGUUGAAUAUGGCGAUCUUCCUAGGCCAGUCAUGAUCGGAGGUGAAAAGCUGUUCGUACGUUUCUCUGCCUUGCCCAAAAACAUUAGACCUGGUCAAGUGGAGAUCGCUGAAAUGGAAGGAAGUGUAGGGACUCCUUUGCCCGAAAUUGAAGAACCAAUGCUAGAACUGGGGCCACAGACAAAUAAUCUAAUAUCUCCAAUGGAAACUGAUGAUAUGCCGCCGAUAGAAAUGCCGCAGAAACCGCCAACUCCUGAACGUGAAAUGAAAGGUCUGGACAUGUUAGCAAGUCUGAUGCCUACGAGCAUGGCGCCUGCAUCUAACUCGGAAUACAGUUCUGCUGAACCUCUAUUUGUCAAGCCAGAUAGGAUUCCAGGCUUGGAAACACCUUCGGAAGAGAAACCACUUCCAAGUAUGCCACUGAUAGACAAUAUAAACGUGAACGACCUGUACGCGAAGCUCGUAGCCACUGGUAUAGUGCCGAUGCCGAAUGAUGCCAAGCCGGAGGUUAAGGUCGAUGAUGAAAGACCUCGCGAGGAUAAGAAUGUGCUGCACAAAGUUGAUCUGCUGAAAUCACAUACUCUGAAGGUCAAACAACCAGCAAUCGUGGCUAAGUUAUACGGCGGGAUGCAAUGCAGCGGUUGCGGGGCGCGAUUCCCACCGGAGCACACAGUUCGAUACUCCCAACAUCUGGACUGGCACUUCAGGCAGAACAGACGAGAAAGAGAUUCAGCCAGACGGGCUCAUUCUAGGCACUGGCAUUACGAUCUCUCUGAUUGGCUGCAGUAUGAAGAGCUGGAAGACUUGGAAGAGCGGGAAAAGAACUGGUUCGAAACGGGCGGCGGGGUAGAGGAGGAGCCCCCCAGCGACAUAGAGGAGAGCCCUAGCGCGGCGGCCGGAGCGCCGCAGCACCACUGCGCCCUGUGCGGAGACCGCUUCCAGCAGUUCUACAAUGAGGAUCGCGAGGAGUGGCAUCUGCGCAACUCUGUACGUCACGAAUCGCAGUACUACCACCCGCUGUGUUUACAGGACUACAAGGUAUCUCUCACAAAAGAAGAGCCCCCAAAGGAGGAAGAACCCACAGUAGAGGUCGCGGAUGAAGACAAGUUGGCAGAGCCUAUUGAGAUCAAGGAUGUGGAUGAUGGCGACGAAUCCGACGGCGAGUCCGUCGUCGAGGUCAUCGAAGCUGAACCCACACAACCUUUAGAAGUGGACGCGAUCGACGAGGGUGAUGAAGACGACGUGGUAUUAAAAGCAGAACCAGUAGAGCAAGUGUUGGUGGAGGAUGCGGACACGGACGACGAGACGCAGGCCGAACGCGACACCCGCGACCGAACCCACCAGGAGGAAUACGCCAAGAUCAAGGUCAAACAGGAGCCUAUCGACCCAGAUGAUGAACCAAUAAUAACAGCGGAAGUGGAGAGCGUCCCCGUCACGAUCGACACGACGCACACAACGGUGACGUCAUCCAUCGACGGCAACGUGCAGCUGGACGACGCCGCGCCCGCGCCCGCCUUCCCUCUCGGCGGCAUCCGCAUCAACAUCUCCAAGAGCAUUCCCUCCUUCAUCACGCCCGUCCAGGAUUCAGAUAAGAUGCUAGAAGACAUCAGCAUAGAUGAAGAACCAUUACCGCCUGGUGAGGAACCAGAGUUGGAGUACAAGCUGAAGCCAGCACUGGAAGGUGUUCAGUUCAGUAGACAACCGCCCAUACAAAAGGGAAGUGAACUAUCUGGACUGUGUUCUAUUAUGUGAAGUGUUAAUAAAAUGGUGACGUUAUUGGUAAAUCCAGAGUGUAAGCUUUAUUUUUGAAUUCCUAGCAUGGCCAACAAAAAAAUAUACACAGGUACUGAUUCUGAUUGCAACUACAUUUUAGAGUAUUCACUCACAUCUUUUUUUACCAAUAUAAUCAGAAAAGGACAGAAACUUAAUCCAACUUAGAACUGCCAAACCUUUAGGUGCCAGUUGUCAGCCUAUUGUUUUUAAUUUGUAGAGUGACAUCAAAAUUUACAGUUUUUCAUUUAAAAUUCAUUUUUCGCAAUAUUAAAAAGAUACAGAUACUCUAAAUUUAGAGAAAAACAUUAGAAUCGACGCCAGUCAUGUUUCCCCUAAAUCUGUAACAAAAUUUUCAGGUCAUGCUAGCUGACUGCGCAAGUAUAAUAUGUCGUUCGAAAAUGGCCAUAUAUUGUUGUUUUCUAAACAUUUCUCUGUGCAAAUUAUAUGACUAACUAAUUCUUAACUCGGCUUGCUAAGCUGAUUUUUUUAACAGAAGUCCAUAACUUAAGAAGAAAUAUAAGUUAACUAAUUCAUAACCAAGAAAAUAGUGUGAAGUUGUAUAUAUAUCCUUGUAUACCUUUGUUGUAAAUGAUUUAAAUAAUUUUGAACUUACAAAUUAAUUCUAGAGGAAUUGUUAUUAUUUAACAACUACUUAGUGGUUUUCCUAUAUGUAUAAAUGGUAGAAUAAAUUUAGUUAAUUUUGAUUGAUGUAGUUUAAAAAUAAAUAACUGUAAAUAAUGUAAGUACCUAUAUUGUAAACAAUCAUGUACUAAAAAAAGUAAAACUAAAAAUUGAAAAGUGCUCAAAAUACUGAUUUUUGAAAGAUAACUUACGAUAUAAUGUAUAUAAAAAGAUUUUAAAAUUCGUUUGAUUUCUAUUUUCAUCUGAGUUGUAAAACUUAUUUCACAUUAAUUGGUCCCUUUCAAUAUUUUAAUACUUUUAUCCGAAUUUUCUUUACUAAAUACUUCUUUCAUUUUAUACUAUUGUAGAUGUUAAUAUAAAAAUAUUGCCUAUAUUUUACAUAUUAAAAAGUUCAAUCAUUACAAUAUUAGUUAAUAUAUUGUUAUAUAGCUUUAAAAGAUGCAUUAACCCUAAAAAGAAUCAUAUUUAGUUGUACACAAAAGAUAGUCAUGCGUAAAAUUGACGCAUGAAUUCUAAUAAGCUCUAUUUUGUGAACUAUUAAAAUCUGGAAAAGUCUAAUGGGUAUGUAUUGUCGUACAUAUGAUUAAAUGAAACAGUAUAAUAAACAAGUUAUUUUAUAAUAGCUUUAUUUAAUUUUAAAAAACAUGUAUGGGAGCCCCAUAGUUGAAUUUAUAAUUAAACAUUUGGGUUUGGGUCAACACAUUACACCAAAUACCAAAAUUUUAGGUUUGUAGGUCAUUUCGUCUAUAAGCUAGAGACGUGUGACGCAGACAGACGGCAGAGCGACAUCAAUAGCGCUCCAUUUUUACCCUUUAGGUACGCAUCCCUGAAAAUAGAGCUAUUUUUCGUUUUCGCAUGCGUGAUUUUUACGCAGACUAUCUUUCCAGCAUGUAUUUAGUUACUGUAAAUACAAUAGGUACAUUGAAAAAAUGUACAUUGGCUUGGCUAUUCAUGUUAAAUUACAAGUGAUCUUGUAAAAUGUGUCAACAGUUUUUACUCUAUAACAGGUAUAGGUUUUUUAUUACUACUAUUGUAUGAAUUAUAUAAAUUGUGAUAUUAAAAUAAGGUAUGGAUAAAAUAAUAUGAAUUUUUAAUUUCGUGUCAGUCUCAGAGUGCAAUCAGACUGUUAAUUUUUAGUGAAAGAACAAUGAAAAGCAAUGAAAUCAGUAAUGGAAGAUGAUAAACUCAACAUUACUGUCUGAUUCCACCUUGCUCUGAUUGUUGUACCCUUAGAUAUUUAGGAUUUGCAAAUAAAAAUGUAAGUAUACAUAAUUGUGUGCAUAUUCCAUGUUUUAAUAAAUGAAGUGGUUAAUAAAUAAAUUAAAAAGGUAAAGGAAUCUCUGUUAUUAUUUCCUUCUAAAUCCUAAAUUGGUUAGUAAUUUGUAUAUUGUUUUCUGAUUAUGUGAGUUAUGAAACCUUAAAUUAAAAAAAAUCACAAAAGUCUAAGUUUUAAUCAUAAUCAUUGUAUUCUUUAUCACAAAUCCUUUUAAUUAUACUAACUUAGGUGCCACAUUAUUGUUUAGUUAAUAUCUUGAAAAUAAAGGUAAUUUGUGAAAAGUAA